AUGAGGGCUACAUCACGAACGCUACUGGCGGCUGCAGCCAGACCCUGCAGCAGGCCCCAGCUCCAUGGUCGCCGUCCGUUCCAGACAAGACUGUUGAGCAGCAAAGUUCAUGCCCAUUGCAGCGGUCUGGGUGGGAUCCUCAAGAUCUCUGACGAGGUUCGGGAUGCAUUGGAAUCGAACCGCCCCGUAGUAGCCCUGGAGUCUACGAUAUACACCCAUGGAGCCAUUGCACGUAGCGAGCUUGGGCUAGAGGAUAUCGUCCGCCAGAACGGAGGCACUCCUGCCGUCAUUGGAGUCUUGGCUGGCGUGCCUACAGUCGGCCUGACAGAUGUCGAGGUCGAACGCAUGAUAUCAGAGGGCGCCAACAAAGUCUCCCGACGAGACCUUGCAUACCUGGCUGGGUUGGGCAUGACUGGCCGACCGAUCCAUGGAGGAACUACCAUCGCAGGGACGAUGCUUCUCGCAAGGCUGGCAGGUAUCAAGGUCUUCGGCACUGGUGGUCUAGGCGGAGUCCAUCGCGGCUGGGAGUCGACAAUGGACAUCUCGGCCGACCUGACCGAGCUAGGUAGAACGCGAGUGGCAGUGAUUUGCAGUGGCAGCAAGGGAUUCCUUGACAUUGCCACAACUCUUGAGUACCUGGAAACGCAGGGUGUCCUCGUCUCCACCUUUGCCGACGGCCGCACCGGCAAGGUUGACUUUCCAGCUUUCUGGGCCCGGGAGAGCGGGAUCAAGAGCCCGUCCGUCGUCGACUCGGAGGCGGAAGCGGCCGCCAUUAUCCUUGCACAGGAGAGAUUGGGGAUAGAGACCGGAAUCGUGUUUGCAAACCCCAUCCCUGAACAGCAUCAGAUUCCGCGAGAGGAGAUGGAUGCUGUGAUCAAGCAGGCAGUCUCGGACGCUGCAGAGCAGGGCUUCACGGGAUCCCAAAAUACUCCCUUCAUACUUGGCCAGAUCCGGAAGCUAACGGACGGUCGGAGCGUGCCUGCGAAUGUGGCCUUGAUUCAAUCAAACGUUGAAAGGGCCACUAAAAUCUCCGUUGAGCUGUCCAAGCUCUCAGAGGGUUCUUCAACGACUAAAAUCUUUCCCGCAAGCAAUACUGUAAACACUCAAGUAGAUUCAAAAGCUGGUCAAAAAACUGUCAGCAAGGUAGAGACCCAUUCCAAAGUUGACGUGUUAGUUGCUGGAUCAAUCGCUCUCGAUCUGAGCUGUGACUUUGUUCCUGGUUCAGCAUCCCAGACCUCGCCUGCAAUGCAGACAUCAAAUCCUUCAAUUGUCACACAGACUGUUGGAGGCGUUGGACACAACGUUGCUCUGGCUGCUCACCGAGUGGAUCGCAACGUGAAAGUCCGGCUGUGUAGCUUGGUUGGAGACGACUUCGCCGGAGCAACGGUUCUUUCCAAGUUAGAAUCCUCUGGGAUGGACACAUCAUGCAUCCGGCAACUGGGACAAGAAUAUCACUCGGCACGUACGGCACAAUAUGUGGCCGUCAACGGCGCGGACAAAAACCUUGUUCUCGCUAUGGCCGACAUGGGCAUACUCACUAGUCAUUCGUUUCAAAAGUACUGGGAUUCGGCUGUUGCUGCCUCGCGCCCUUCAUGGCUGGUUGUGGACGGUAACUGGAGUGAGGCUGACAUCCACGAGGGAUGGAUACGAUCUGGGCGCCAGCAUGGGGCCAAGAUCGCCUUCGAGCCGGUGUCCGUGGCCAAGUCUGCCCGGCUGUUCCCUCGCCUGAGUUCGGCGGCGAGAAGCAACCACGGUGGGCUCCUGCAUCCUUCCCCUCUCGUGGAUCUAGCUACACCAAACAUCCAUGAACUGGCAGCCAUGUACAACGCGGCCAAGGAACAUGGAUACUUUGACGACCUUAGCUGGUUCAGCAUGAUCGAUGCCCUCGGCAUGAGGGGAGCACGCGAUCGCUUUGUGCGUCUCACAUCUGCUGCUCUUACCGACGCUGGAGUGCCGCAACAGAUAAUUCACCUGCUUCCUUAUGUGCCAUGCCUCCUGACAAAACUCGGCGAGAAGGGCGUGCUUUUGUCCAUGCUACUUUCACCCGACGACCCCCGAGUUCGAUCGAUCGAGGCAGAUCCUUACAUCUUAGUCAGGGCUACGGGAGACCAUCCUCACGUCGGCGCCGUGUACAUGCGCCUAUUCCCGGCCGCCGAGGACGUGAGAGACGUGGUUUCGGUGAAUGGAGUCGGUGAUACCUUCUGCGGAACACUGAUCGCGGGACUGGCUCGCGGAGCAAAGGUCGAGAACCUCAUUGAUGUCGCUCAGAAGGCUGCCGUCUUGACGCUGAGAAGUCACCAGUCGGUGAGCGACGAGAUAGGCAAGUUGGAACGGCGGGGUGCCCCACCUAAUCCUGUCACUUCGCAAAGUGACAGCGGCGAGCCGGUAUACCUAACAGACGAGAUGGGUCCCAAAAAUCGCAACAAUGUCGAGUCUUCCGACGAUGAUGACUUUUCAAACGACGACUUCGCCAGCUUCGACGACGACAACGCCGGGUCAGAGGUGAACUUUCAGGUUCGCGACAAGGACUCGGACGAGGAGGAGCUCGAGAGGCUUGUCCUCGGCGACACUACGACUUUCAGAUCACGUUUGUUUGAGGAUGACGACUUUCUUCCCGCUCAGACCGGCUCAAAGGACUUGCAAUUGGCGGAGAAUCAGUCGUUAAAAGCCACCGGGAAUGAAGCCAUCGACGACUCGGCCCUGUUCUUCUUUGCUACAGAGAAGGAGCCUGUCGCUGGGAGCCAACAACUCGUUCCUGCUUCUUCUGGCAAUAAGUCGAGUGACCCGACCGCCGGAGACGAUGCGCCGGCGUGGGAGGACAGCGACGACGAGAAACUGUCCAUUUCGCUUGCUGGCGCCAGCAGGCUGCGGAAACUGCGGUUGACAGAAGGGGAGGAUAUUGUGAGUGGCGCCGAGUAUUCCAGGCGGCUGCGCCAGCAAUAUCUCCGGUUGAACCCGCAGCCCUCGUGGGUGAAGAAUGCAGCCGGAAGGGAACCGAAGCGGCGACGCAGGUCGUCAGCAUCCUCGGGCUCCGACAGCGACAGCGGCUCGGAUGAUGAAGAUUUCGGCACCGCUAUGCCUCUGGAGGAAUUUCUCCGAGACGUCAGCGCUCUUACAGACGGCGGCUCACGGAAGAGAAGGAAAUUGCGACCCGAGACUAUCAACAUUCAAAAGACGCGCGACAUACCAGACGUCCACAAAGGGCCCGUCGAGUCACUCUCUUUCCACCCAAAACAUCCCGUCCUCCUAUCAUCCAGCACAUCCUCGAUGCUUCAUCUUCAUCACAUAUCGCCAGCUGCGCACCCUACUCCGAACCCACUCCUAACCUCGGUGCAGGUGCAAAACACACCAAUCAGGAAGGCCGAGUUUCUCUACCCUUCGGGCGAGCAAAUCGUCUUUGCAGGUAGACGGCGUUUCUUUCAUUCUUGGAACAUAUCGACAGGGCAGGUCACCAAGGUCAGCAGGAUACACGGUCAUCGCCUAGAACAGAAGUCGGUAGAGCGCUUCAAGUUGAGCCCAUGUGGCCGCUACAUGGCCAUAGUAGGAACGGAUAAGAAGGGGGGUGGCAUGCUCAAUAUCAUGCGUGUCGGCACCAUGCAAUGGAUUGCUCAGGCGCGGAUGGAUGGACGUCAUGGCAUCGCAGACUUUUGCUGGUGGAGGACUGGCGAGGGUGUGACUAUAUUGGGAAGGGACGGGCAAGUUGGAGAGUGGAACCUGGAGGCAAAGAGGUUCGUCGGCAUCUGGAGAGAUUCUGGUUCUACAGGCGGGACGGUGCUUGCUCUUGGUGGCCGCGAUGGACCAAGCGAGCUGGGCGAGGAUCGCUGGGUGGCCGUCGGCUCCAACGUCGGUAUCCUGCAGGUAUACAACAGAGACGACCUCGUUGUGAGACCUGGAGUCGGUCAGGAAUCUGAGGUGACGGUUAAGGAGACCCCAGAACCGACCCGCGCGUUUGAGUCGUUGACAACGGCUAUAUCCGUGGUCACGUUUUCCCCCGACGCCCAGCUCCUGGCCUUCGGAAGCGUCCACAAGAAGGACGCGCUCAGACUGGCGCACAUCCCGAGCUGCACGCUGUACCGCAACUGGCCUACAUCAGAGACACCGUUUGGCAGGAUCACGGCGGUGGCGUUCGGGACGCAGAGCGAUCUGAUUGCCGUUGGAAACGACAAGGGAAAGAUUCGCCUAUGGGAGAUCAGGAGCUAG